GCAUCCCGUCCCUCCCUCGCCGAUCUUCCCAGUGGCGAUUGAUCGUACUGCGAUCUUCACCGAACAAGCCCCGCGAUCCCGCAGUAAAGCUUGGGGCGUGUGAGAAAUUAGAACCUCGUAGGAAAUACGUUAGAAAGAAGGGGAGAAAGAGGUGAAGGAGUGAGCGAAAGAGAGGCAGAGGAGGAGGGGAGAACAUGUGGAAGUAUGGUGAAGGCAGCAGAGCGUACCAAGGCAGCUUGAUGAACAGACGACGACGAGGAUGAUGGUACUGAUGAUGGUGGUGAUGAUGAUGAAGGCGACGACGAUGAUGACGACUGUGUGAGAUUGUGGCCUCGUUCGUUGUGAGAGAGGGGCUCAGCGAUUACUGUUGUCCUAAUCCAGGACGAUUCUUGUUCGGUAGGGGCCCCGCGCUUUGUUUUGGUUCGUGGCCAAGGGUUGAUUAGUCUUUUGUAAGUUUCGACAGCAUCUCCUCGUGUCUGGGCGAGCGCUUGUGUGCAGAUGUUUAGGCCCUUUCGUGUGUUGGGGAGUCCUUUUUUUUUUUUUUUUUAAUCUCUUGGAGUUCAGGGACAGAUGUAUAUCUGUGAGAUGGAGGUAGGGGGGAGGUUUUAGUUCGUGAGGUGGGGUUAUGUACCAUGCUAAAGUAGGGCAGGUGUUCGUUUUCCGUAGUGGCGCUUUGUGGCUGCGAAGAAAAAUUUGGCAUGGGGAGGCGGGACGUGAGUGGCGAGGGAGCGGAGGUACAAGAGCUGAAGGUGGAUUUGCCUGGGUUGCGGGAAGCGCCGCUGUGGGUACGGUUUUAUGUGGGUGGUGAAGGACGAAGGAUUUGGAGAACGGGGGGAGCUGGGCUGUAGUCGCCGUCGCAGAAGGGGAGAUGUGCGGGAGGUGCUGUGAAUCUAGGACGCGACGAGCUUGUUUGUGACGUGUAGGAGAACAGGGCAGGGCGAGAGCUGCAGUAAGAAUUCCUGGUUACGUGUCGUGGGAAGUAUACGGUUGUGUUCGUACCAGAGGACAUUUCGGAAGCUCGAAUGCUGUGCAGCUGUGGAGAGCGUGUAGGGUAUGUGAAGCGGGCAUGCAAGAUGUAGUUGGACAUGAUCUUCUGGUUGGGAGGGCUCGGCGGGCGGAUGUUGGAUAGGGGGCCUUGAAUUGAGCAUCCUCGUACCCUCAGCACAGGGGGCGACUCGGUGAGAGACUGACGGCAAGUGAUUCUCCAUGCUCAAAGUGGCGCUGGUAACCUACAGCCUGGACGUUGGGUCUUGAAGAAAAUGGUGGGUGGGUGGAGAAAUGAGGGUGUAUAUGCCGGUUUUUGACAUUUUUACCAAGGCUUUAUUAGCUUGGGUAGAAAAUGCCUUUCCUAUUAGAUAGUUGUUAGAACAAACUUAGAGCAUGAAGUAACAGGCAAGGAGGGCAUGCGUAUUUUUAUUUUUAUUUUAUUGGCACCAGCGGUAAGGGAUUUUUCCCUGCUGGGGUCUCUGAAGUUGGUCUCCCCAGGUUGCAGCUUCAGAUCACUAGGUUCUCUUUUCUGCUGAAGUCUUCGAUGGAUCGGGAUUUAGGGCAGAUAACUGUGGAGGGUCUUCCCGUCAAGCAACACCAAUUCUUCCCUGGAGGAGGGAUACAACAGUUGCCUCCAAAUGGCAGAGACAUGUCUGCCGUUGACCGUAGUACUGAGUCAUCUUGGUCUUCCAGGCAAACUGGAACUCACUGGGACAACAGCCACCCUCAAGAAGGUGGUGGGAGAUCAAUAAAUAGGAGUGACUGGAACGCUAACUCAUGGCGUUGGGAUGGUGCCGCACUUAGUGCGCAGCGAAUUAGUAGAACUCCUCAUGGGUCAGGUUUGGACUCAUCUAGAGAUGUCACGCAUCGUGAGAAUGGGCGACAAAGAGGAAGUGCUGAUUUAGGCUUACAGUUGGAUGUAAGGGCUACAGGCACUGCUGAACCUAAUCAUCAAGUGAUCCAUAUAGAUGAUGACGAGACUGAAGUGCAGGGUCAAACUUUCUUUGGACGACAUACUCCGUCUCCACCUUCAAACGAACCGAAUCCUUACAAUAGAGGUGAUGAAUCCCCCGAGGAUGACGGUCCUCUCAGUCUAAAGCUUGGAGGAAGUUCGUAUGCAUAUGAGCACAAUGGGGCUGGAAAACGUCCUCGUUCUUCUUCACCCCAGUCUCAAAUUCCCACUUGUCAAGUAGAUGGUUGUACUGCUGAUCUUAGUAGGGCCAAGGAUUAUCAUAGACGCCACAAGGUCUGCGAGGCGCAUUCCAAAGCACCUACAACUCUUGUUUCUCGAGUGAGGCAGCGUUUCUGUCAGCAGUGUAGCAGAUUCCAUCCGUUGGACAAGUUUGACGAAGACAAACGAAGCUGUAGAAGGCGUUUAGCAGGUCACAACAAGAGACGGAGGAAAACCCAACCUGAUGCACCGACACCUCGAGUUGAGGAUCAAGCGGGUGUUAAGAAUUCCGACCUCUUGGCCCUUUUGGGGAUGUAUUCUCAACUAAGAGGACCUUUAGAGCAACCUAGUGCUGCUGCUGCUGCAAAUGAUCAAGACAUUCUUCUGCAGUGUUUGAGGCAAGCAGGGAACUUGAACUUGCCCAACAGUACACUUGAAGGACUUACUAGAGCUGCAUCUUCUUGGAACCAGUUAACUCGAAAUUCUGAUCUUGCUCCACCUCAAAUCGAUCCCAGACUUCUCGCAUCCCAGCUCACUGGACAUGCUCCUCAGCAACUGGCCCCGCAAGAUGCUCUUGCAAUGCUGUUGCAGAACAAUUUGAAGCAUGCUGCGAGGAUGGCUCAGGAGAAUAUCUAUGGUCGUGCAGGGUUUAAUGGCAAUAUGAACGGUGGUCCCUUGCCGUAUCCAGUAUCUAGUGCAGAUGCAUCUGUCAGUCAUGCAGUUCCACAAAUCAACAAUGAACGCACCCCUUCAGCACCUGGGUUGUCAUUGCCAUCCUCUUUGAGGGUACCUGGGAUUGUGCCUGGGGCUUUAGAUCCUGCCCAGUUGUUAACAAGUAUAGCCCUCUCUUUGCACUCAAGUUUGGCUGCCCAAACAGCUAGCCCGGGUUUGGCAGCAAACGGGUAUGGAAUGGCACAAUCAGCAAUGCAAGCUCAUCCUGAGCAAACUUCAAUUGAUACGAGGAACUUAAAUCUGAGAUUUGACAGGAAUCAAGAAAACGCUCCAUCUGUUCAUUCACAAGUAGGCAGACAGCGGCAGUCAACGCAAAAUGGCGUCUCGCAUCCACAUAAGCGGUCAUUCUUGGACUUGCAGCAGUCUCAGGCUCCUUUGCAGCGGCCUUCAAUAGAUUUGCAACAGCCUCCUCCUUCAGAGCAGUACAGUGAUGCUUCUGAAACGGGUUCCGGGUCAGGUUCAGGAUCUGGCUCUGGUGUGGGCUCUGAUCAUCAAUCGCCUGGCACACCGAACAGAGAUUUGGAGAAUAGUCGCAUUUCUUUCAAGCUCUUCGAUAAACACCCUACACAGUUCCCUGAGGGUCUUCGAAGCCAGAUCGAUGAAUGGUUAGCACACCGACCUUCAGACAUGGAGGGAUUUAUCAGGCCUGGCUGCAUCAUUCUAACCAUCUAUUUAUCCAUGCCCAAGUCUGCAUGGACAGAGUUGAUUGAUGACCUGCCCGAGAGUUUACGGCGACUUCUAAGGACUGGUUGUGAGUUUUGGUGUACUGGGCGCAUGCUAGUGCAAGUUGAUCGCCAAUCAGUUUUAGUUGUUGACGGUGAAAUUAUCUCGUGUAGAACAUCCAGUCCCUUCGAGAGUCCUUGCUUGUUGUCGGUUCGACCACUUGCUGUUGUAACUGGUCAACAGAAUCGUUUGACUGUUAAAGGAUUUAAUCUCACAAGAGCUGCUACAAGGUUAUUAUGCGCUUUCAGGGGAAAAUACUUCUCAGAGGAAAUUUAUCAACAGCAUCAUACAUAUGAAGAGUCGGUGGCUUCUGUGGAUGAAACAGAAACAGAAACAGAAGUCACAUCGAAUAGCUCAGUAGGAGGCUGCGGCGCUUCCAGAAAUGAAGAGAAUGAGGCCUUGGACUUGGUGAACGUUGAAUCUUCCUCAGCUGAUGAAGAACAUGUCUCUUAUAGGCCUUCAUCCUUAAGUGCUCUUUCUGAAGUUGAGAGACUGUCGGGAGUUGGCACAGAUUUAUCUGAACAGGAGGAUUCGACUGGUGGCCGAGAUGGUUUUGUCAGUGACAUUGACCUUGGACACAAUUUACAUACUGAUGUUGGCACAAAUUUGUCAAGUUCGCAGGCUGUUUUUAAUCUUGAUAUCAGCACAUUUCCAUCCACGAUGGAAGCUGGUAGUUUCGGGCGGUGUUUUAUUGAGGUGGACCAAGACACGUUGGAAGGGAAUUGGAAGCCAGUAAUCGUUGCAGAUAAGCUAGUAGCUGCUGAGAUUUCUACCCUUGAAGAUGAGAUUGAGACGGCUGCCUUGAUUGCUGGAAGGCUUGCCGAACAACAUGGGUUUGAUCCAUUUGUUGUUCUAUAUUGUACUGAAUUGGCUAGGCUGGCAGAAGAAGAGGAUGUUACUCGGUUCCUAAGUGAGCUGGGGUGGUUCUUCCAAAGAAGUUAUUUCCGAUACCUCAACUUUUCUUCACCCUCUACUCAGAUGUUUUCCACGAGGCUCAAGCAGCUGUUGGUCUAUUCUGUUGAACGCAAUUGGUGCGCAGUGGUUGAGAAGGUGUUAGACACUGCUUUCGAGAACGAUGAUUGGGAAGCUACAUUUCUGGAGCUUUCUGACAUGCCACAAGAAGAAGUUAGUUUGCUUCAUCGGGCAGUUCGGAAUAAAAAUCGGCCAAUGGUAGAACUGCUGCUUGGUUUUGCUCCCUCAUUCCUCGCUGGAAUAAAUGAUCCAAAUGUUGAAAGCUUCAAACAAAAGCUUGAGUUUAGGCUGAAAUGGAGCUUAAUAUUUAAGCCAGACAUGGGAGGACCUGCGGGUCUUACCCCACUUCACGUUGCAGCCAGCAUGCAUGACGCAGAAGAUAUUGUUGAUGCUUUAACCAGCGACCCUUGUCAGGCUGGCUUGCAUGCUUGGUUCCACAAAGAGGAUGCUUCCGGGGCAACUCCUCUUAGCCUUGCAAAAGCAGGAGGUAAUGUGAAAUCCCUUCAAGUUGUAAGAGCAAAGCUUGCUCUAUUGGAGAAUCCAAACAGUGUUAUUUCAGAUAUUGCACCUGGUUGGGACCAUCGCAGUGCUGACUCAAUUGUACAAAUAGUGGAGUUGCCACAUUGGAUACCAUCAACAGGAGCAGACCCUGCAGUUUCCAGGCCCGAUGAGUCACCCACUUGUAGAGAGGUGGAUUUUGCAAGAUUACCUCGGGAUGUAUGCGGCGUUAAGGGUGGUCUAUACAGGCCUUUCUUGGUGAGCAUAAUGGGAAUCGCAUGCAUAUGCGUGUGUGUUUGCCUGCUCCUGAGAGGACCUCAAAAUGUUCUACCCCUCUUCACUUGGUCAGGGUUGGAACAAGGAAAAGAAUAGGUUGUGCAUGAGUCUUUGUAUAGCCUCGCCAAGGCCCUGCACAUCUGAAAGGAGUUUGAUGAUCUGCUCCAAAGCCCUUCGUCUCAAUACCAGCCGCACUCUUCAAAAUGAUGCAACAGCACCCUUUCAUGCCGCAGACUAAGUCAUCCCAUUUUGGCUUCCUUGAGGAUUCUCUGUCAACAGGAUCUCUGUUAAGACUAAUCAUUAAUUGCUUCCGUCUACUCUGCUAACGGUGGUGGACGAACAUGCGUUUUGUUAUUUGAAGCAUCCUUAAUGGGUAUAUGACUUGAGCUGUCAGAGAUCAUCAUUACACGAGUAGGAAGACGUCUUUCUGACCAGCAUUUUGCCGAAGUUACAACAGACGCUUCGUUACCAUCGGCAUUUUUAUACCGAAAUAGUGUGCUUGCGGAGUUCUUGACUUACAUUAGGAUGUGAACUGCUGCAGACGAUGGUUUUCUGUUAACCCCAUUUAUUGACCUGUCUAUUGUAAUUGUUUAGAUUUGAGAUAUGCCCUCUAAAAAGAGGGAGAAACCUUUUCAAGGGUGCUUAUUAAUUUGUAAAUUUAGUCACAUCAUUCUUGGUGGAAUUUCUUGCAGGGCUGUUGGUAGAAACAAAGUAUGCUUUCAGGAACAUGUUGAUAAAGAUUGAUAUUGGCAUUUUGAUUA